CCCGACCCAUUACCGUGACGGACAGUCACUUGGUAAAUGUAAACAGAGGCAUGAAAUGCCCACUCCCUGUCAGACCUCAUCUAAUUUGACUGACAGAUGUCUCCGAUACGUCCCCUGACAGUAUGGCCGACGUCUUAACGCACGUGUUUAGUACGUUUAUUGCGAAAGGAGGCCAGGUAAACCAUGUGAGCGGUACUUUAUCGUCACCAUGCAGCGCCCUGGUGGUCGGCGACAGCACCAUGAGCCGCUCCGUGCUUCUCCUCGCAGCUCUGAUCGCGGCCUCCCGGAGGGGCAUGAAGGUAGUGUUCUUCACCCGGACCCAGAUCCAGACCCUGCCCCUUUCCGUGACAAGCUGCCUCCCUAACCUCAGCCCCGAUAGCUUGAAGAUGAUCAAGUUCUGCUAUCCGCGGACGCUGGAGGAGCUACUCCUGCAGGUGGCCGGCCUCCACGAGCCCGAAAACACCUCGCCCACCGCCCCCUCCCUCAUCAUCGUCGACCGCCUCCAGAAUUUCCUCUGCGGUCCGGGAGGAGGAGGGGGCUUCCACCAGGGGGAGCAGUCGUGCGCGGCUCACCUCUCGGCCCUGCUGCUCGACACUGCCGCGUUCCUCACGCAGGUCCUCGAGCGCCGGGCCCCUUGGCUGGCUCCCUGCCGCCUCCUCGCCUCCUUUCAGCCGGAGUGUGAGGUGGGGCCAGCUGACCCCGGCUCCUCCCACCCGGUGCUGGCGGUCCUGGAUCGAUACUUCACGGCGCGGUGCACUCUAGACCGGGAUGAGAGCUACGCGGCCGUGGCGGCUGGGCUGGAGGACGUGUGGCGAGUGGACCUAUCAGGGGCUGGGCCCAUGGACCCAUCAGACCGAGCAGACUGCACAUCACAGGAGUGGCAGCUCGUCGUCUUCACUAACGGAUCAAUGGAGUUUAGAUCAGUGUAGAAAGUGUGUGUGUGUGUGUGUGUGUGUGUGUGUGUACAUUAUCUAUCCUAUUAAUGUUAUAGUAUGGAUAUGUUCAUCCUAUAGUUUAUUUUAUAUUUCUACUUACUUGUUCUGAUCUGACCUUGUUUUUCUGUUCUGGCUUAAUCUAUUGUUCAGUACGACAACUAGAAUGGCUGUAUAGCAUCAUCUUUAAUAUUGAUAAAGGUUUUAAAAGGAAAAACAUAAAUGAAAACUUCAGAUUUUCAGUUGUACAGAUCACUUAAAAAAAAAAAAUACGUUUUAGUGCAGGUGUAUUAGUUGUAUUUUAUUUUUUUUGUCUUUUAUAUAAAACUAUGUUUUGUGUAGAAUGAAUGUACUUUUUUGGUUUAAAUCUCAACCAUGGUAAUGAAGUAACCUUUUCCAUAGGGUUGUCCAAGUUUAUACAGCCUGACUGAAACAACAUGUUAAGAGCACCGCAGCAAAGUAGAUUCACUUUUAGUUGUCCAUCUUCGGGUUGUCUGCGGGUGUCUUUCCCGGAGUCCAUAUGAAUGCGCCUUCAAAACUCUCCUUGACCUCAUGAUGUUUCCCCUCAAGGGAAAGUGGUUAGGAAAGGAGAUGGGGUGUGAUGUUUUGGACUUUUUGACCGUAACAAAACUAACAUGAACACAUCUAACAGAAGAAAAUAACUAGAUUAUUUACAGUGUGACUGCAACACUGGGCAACAAUCACAGACAUUGAUAUUCAGCAUUACAUUAAAAGGGUCCCUUUACUUAUGUCUGAGGGUGAUUAGCCACUACUAGCCAUUAUUAAAUCUGUCGACUUGUGCCAUCAUAAGUGGCAGUGAUUAUUUAGCAUCAGA